CCUUCGCGUUUUUCCCGCAACAAACAAGAUUGGAAGAGUGUUGGAGCGUGGUGGGACUUUCUCAGUCGUCAAAAUGCCGAAAAGAACUUGUCCUUUUCCUGAAACCUUCUCCUCCCAGUACAAAAUACACAUCGGACAACAUGAACUGAACAAUUACGGUGUGUUUGGGAACAAGUACAGGCAAGAAAUCUACGAAAAGACGAAGAACUUGCUUUUUAAUGGUGCUAAGGCUGUGAUGGGCAAAAUAUGGACCGGAGAGGAGAAGUGCACAGACCGUCAGCCAAAUGCACAAGCUGAGACACCUGCCUGCAGUCAGACACUGCUGAGAGGACAGACACUGAUCGGACAUGACGGCAGACUGACGAGAACUAACGCCGCUCAAGGUGCACCAGCGGCUCCUGCAGGCUGCUGUGUGUGUCAGAAGAGUCAGGGGUCCAGGGCACCGUGCUCCCAGUGUGACCGUCCAGUGUGUUCCUCCUGUACCCGACAGUGCUCCAGCUGCUCCAGCCUCUGCUGCUCUGUCUGCACCAUCAUAGAUUACAGCGGACCAUAUGAUGAAGUACUCUGCUGCGGUUGCUCAACGUAAAGGAAGACCAAAGGAGAGAUCAGGAGUUUAUGCUUGAACAUAUUGUAUAUGUAGUUGCCCCACAUGAGAUAUUACUAAGACUGCAUUUUAUACCUGUGAUUUUUUUUUUUUAAUGUGAUCCAAGUGUUAUCUUGUAUAUAUGUAUUGCAUUUCAAAAGUAAAUGAAAUAAACUUGAACGAUUUUGUA